AGUCUCGAUCUUGUAAUUUACAAAUAUGGAAAUCUUUUGAUAUUUCACACCAUGUCCUUCUUCUCAUUUGGGAAAUCUCCUUUCUCUUAUUAAACCCUAAAAACAUCUCAAACAACAAGUGUGUAAUGGAUUCGUUUAGAGAAGUAGAGAAUUCCAAUCAUUUAGUGAAUACCAAUAACAAUACGUCGUCAUCAUCUACUUCAAGCCGAUAUGAGAACCAAAAACGUCGUGAUUGGAACACCUUCGGUCAGUACCUUAAGAACCAUAGGCCUCCACUGUGUCUGUCCCGGUGUAGCGGUGCUCACGUGCUUGAAUUCCUCCGUUACCUAGAUCAAUUUGGGAAGACCAAAAUUCACUCUCCAAUAUGUCCAUUUUACGGUCUUCCAAAUCCUCCAGCACCUUGUCCAUGUCCUCUUCGUCAAGCUUGGGGAAGCCUUGAUGCACUCAUCGGUCGUCUUAGAGCUGCUUAUGAAGAAAAUGGAGGAAAACCUGAAAUCAACCCUUUUGGUGCUCGUGCUGUUAGGCUUUACCUUCGUGAAGUUCGAGAUUUACAGUCAAAAGCAAGAGGAGUUAGUUAUGACAAGAAGAAACGUAAACGUCCUCCACCACCACCACCUCUACAGUUUUCUGCUCCCCCACUCCCAUCACCAUCAGGUGAAGCUUAACAUCAAAUAUACCUAAUAUAUAUGCACCAUUAAUCAUGGAUUUUAGUUUAAAAUUUUAUGUAUUCUAGCAAUUAGUUAGUUGUAUUGAGGAUCUAUUCUUAACUAUGUCACUACAUAUGUAGGGUUUGUUUAUUAAUAUAAUGUACGUACUAUCUUCUGUUUUUUUUUACCCUC